UGAAAUCUGUCAUUAGACAGUUCAAAGUCAAAAAAUGAAUAAAGGCACAAGCGAAACCUACUGCUCCCGAGGCCGCAGCACCACCUCGGGGUACAAUUUGGCCACCAAAGGGUCAUCCACCAUCUCUGGUUAUAACAUUAACGCACCAGGAAAUCCUUCCCUUAUCAAUUACAUCCCUUCCUCUCUGGGUGGUAGCUUUAGGGCGGGCCCUUACGACGAUUGCUCAGAUGACGAUCUUGAGGAGAUUGAAAAAAGUUCCCAAACGGAGGUGGAAAAAAGCGUGAAAUUCGAAGACGAGACUUUGCACCAUUUGUGGCGAAACGUCCGGGAUUUGGCCGGACCGUGGAUCAGUCAUCGGUUCAGUUUGGGAGAGUGGGAGAGUCUGGAUCAGAGUCCUGAUAAGUCAAAUGCGGAAAAGGAAAGAGAGGAAAUUGAGAGGGACGAAGCGCCCUAUGACGGGGUGCUUACCAAGGAGGUGUUGGCCCCCAAUUUAUCCAGAGUGGGUCGGUGUCCCGAGUAUGAGCAUUAUGCUUACACUAAGUGUAUUUUAUCAAAAAAGAAACUGGUAAACAUCGAUUUGCUUCAAAAGUAUCAUUACCUUCAAUACGUGGACGUGAGCAAUAACGCCCUGACAACCCUUACGGCCCUCGGGAAUUUACCGUUUUUGAAAAUCCUCGACGCCUCCCACAACCUUCUCCCGACCAUUUUGGACUUUUACCCGCCAUUUUUCCUCACCAACGUCAAUUUGUCUUAUAACAAGAUCCGAACCAUGAGGAACCUCAGGGACUUUUGGUCCAUAACUGACCUAAAUUUGGCGCAUAAUUUUAUAAGAAGAAUCGAUGGUAUAAAGGAACUGCGGUACUUGACCACCUUGAACUUGUCAUUUAAUCGUAUUGGUGCGGUGGAAAACCUCGAAGGUACCCGGCUUCAAUUCCUGUACCUGCAAAAUAACUUCAUAAACACCCCCGAGAUGGAGUGGAAUCAGGCGGAACUUCACACCUUAAAAAAUAUCAGGACCAUCAAUUUAAGUUACAACCAAGUUUCUUCAUUGCAGAUGUUCGAAGCGGUUGAAAACUUGGAAUGUCUGGAACUGGUGCAUAACAACGUUUCGAAGCUCCUGGACAUUUAUUACUUAAGGAAUUUGAACUAUUUGAAUAAGUUGAAUCUUACGAGUAAUCCUGUCACUGAAAUACAGCGGUAUGUGGAAGUUUGCCUUACCCAUUUGAAGAUGUUAAGCGUAUUGGACGGAGAGCAAAUCAAUUCUGACUUUUGGUUGGAGAGAUUUAGCUACGAAAAGACCGAUAUGAGUCAAAUGGCGAAUCAUAAUAGGAUUCGUUUACUCAUUUUGGAACAGUUGAAUCCACCCAAGAUUUUACCCUGGUUACUCCCGUAUGACGCUGCACCCAUAGCAGUAAUCGUAUUAGUUGGACUUCAGGCUUCCAGUCGCACCCAUAUCGCUCGAAAGUAUUGCAAGCAGAAUCCGAAUGUUAUCCUUGGUAUUGCUCAUACGACCAAAGCAAAACACUCCAAUGAGAAACAGGAUGAAGUUUACCAUUACGUGAGCGAAGAAACGUUCAAGUCUAUGCUGAAAAAGGGCGAAUUCUUUACUUACCAAGAGAACCUUGGGUGUUACUAUGGUGUUGCUCACACCGAGUUCAAGAAAGCUGAAAAGGGAAUACUCCUAUUUUGUACAGAUCUCACCCUGGCAAUAGUGCUGAAAAGAAAGUUUAUUAAUACAGUCUUAGUGCUUAGUUUGGCGAGCACCCGAAGUGCCCACUUGCAAAGGCUAAGCAACCUUUACGCUGUCAAAUUCGUUGAUAGUUACACGUCAAAAAUCCUCACGUCGCCCUUGGUCGCCGCCGAAUACCAACUGCAAUUCACCAAAGAAAGGGAGAGAAUCCUGGAACAGGAGGCCCACGAGGUUCUGGAAGAGAUGGUGAAAAAAGUGGCCAAGAUUUACGAUAACAUGAUGGUCCAGAGGAGGCUCGAGACGACCAAGUAUCGUCACACUUCAAACGACGAUUUGUUAAGAUGUUCACAGGACGAAACCAGUUUGAAACUGUGGUGGGCUUCUAGCCCCAAGAAUUCUCAUCGGCUGAGUUUAAUGAUCCAACCGAUUCAAGCAGAAAGAGGCUCUAAAUAUUCGGAGAAGAUUGAUGGACAAUCUAAGGCAAACCUGGAAAGUGCGAUGAAUUGCGUUCAAAUGAAACGUCUGGUGUCAUUCAGGGUGAAAAGCUCGAUCGACUCCUCUGAUUCGCCUCACAAAGUGCCGGUCAGUUGUGCAGUUAUCGAUAAAAGUGUAUUAAAAAAACCGUCGAAAAGUAAAUUAAAGAAGGAUAAGAACAAGAAGAAGGCGACGCUUGCCAAAAUGUCCGAGGAACAGGAGCGGACUUACCUUAUAGCCGAGGCCGCUUUGAGGAAUCAUUACACUUAUGCCGAGGCACUGUCACGUGAUGACAGGAUGACGAACGUUUUUAACGCGGAAUUACGGCAAAGAGAAGAACUUUUAGAGCUUCAUUUACAGUUCCCGGGUUUUUUUAGGGAACUGUUAUUCACCGACCAGGAAGAAGAAUCCUUAGAGAAACUGGACCGUUUAAUAAAAGACAUUAUAAAACACGACACGAUCACUAAAGAAACGAUAAUGGUGCCUAGUGCUAAUGAACGUUUUGGGAUCGCUAUCAAACGGAAAAUUUCCAAAGCUUUCGAUGAACUGAAGAAGGAAUUAUCUAUAACGGAAAAACAGUCUGCUGAAUUCCCCGUGAGGCAGCUCCAUUUUAUUUGCAUGGACGACGGGAUUUGUCAGUUACCUUCUUGUCCACGUUGGUAAACUGCUGGAUUUCUACAAUGUUAUUUUCUUUAUUUAAUACAGUAUUAACUAAU